AUGGUCUAUGACUGGGAUGUGCACCAGAAAACAUGUUACCAGCUCUAUAUCGACGAGGGCCGGUCCCUCGAGGACAUCAUGGACCAUUUGAGGGCCGUCUAUAAGUUUACUCCUAGUAAACGGGCUUUCCAAACCCAAUUUCGUCGUUGGAAUUUCCCGCCAAAGCAGAAGCCAGCUCAUAAGAAUGACCGUCUCGUCAAUCGCGUUCGUGACUUGUGGGAGAAGAAUCUCCCGCAGCGGGAAAUGCUGCGCGUGCUCAACGAAGAGGACGGCUUUGACAUCAAGCCUAGGGAACUGAUGCGGGUCCGCACCCGGAACCGAUGGCUACUGCGUGUCCCCAAUGGAGACAAGUCGAGGCCGUUGGAGUCGAACUUUUCAAUGCAAGGGACCUUGGGCGACUCAUCUCCGGCUGGGGAUGGGGAUUCGACUCUUUCUAUCCCCGAGGACCAGGGAGUGUCGUUACAGCCAGCUUCGGAAGCCAUUGCAGACUCAGCCCUAGAGCAGCAACAUUUCGAAACCUCAAAUCCUCUUGCCGACAAGGACGGCAAAAAGAAGCGGACAAGGAAUCGUCAGCCAACCAAUCCUAUGGGGUCGCCAUGCCGGUUUCCAUCGGAAACGACAAUUGAUGAGGCUAGGGUGAUACUCAACCUCGAAGUUGGGGUCUAUCGAGAGAUCCGUUCAAGUUUCCAGGGCAUUUGUAAAGAGGAGGGAGUCAGCAAAAAGACCAUUGCUGGGGUCGACAGGUGGGAUGCCGUCAAGGACCGACUCAUUCACGAGUGCCCUCGGCUCCAGCAAGUCAUUUGGGGUUCCGAUGAAAACCUGGAGGCCAAGCGACUGGCACUAGAUGUCAUCUGUACCGACGUCACAAAGCGCAUGCGAACGAAGGACGCCCGAAUGACCCUCGCAGAGGCCAAGAACGCACUGGGGGUUAACCCUGAAGAGUCGCGUGAGAUUCGCUUCGCCUUCCACCAGGUGCUCCGUGACGCUCAGUUUACGUGCAAGUCCGAUGCCACACCACGAGAGUGGGAGGAGUUGAAGCGGCGUUGGGUGGAGAAGUCAGUACUAAUCAAGAACAUGGCGACAUUUGGAACAGAUCCGGCCUCUCAACAUAGGGCUCGGGCACUUGAAGUUCUUGCGAGAGAUGUGAUGAAAAGGAUGAGGGAUGACCGAUCUCGUAAGGGAUCGAUGAAAAAGGAGCUGCAGCAACUAGAGUUGCAGCCGCAACCUCGAGGAGAGCUGCAACAGCAGCAUCAAGAGUCACAUCAUAGCACAACGCCCCCUCUCACUGCAUAUGGGAUACCGGAGAGAAGAACUUCAAGAUCAAGCCAAGUCGACACUUCGCCACAGACGGAACGUGUUGACUUGGGUGAUGGGAUGGGGAAUAACAACUUCGACGCCAUGUCGGAAGUGUCGCAUGCCUCCCAGAUGCCGUUUGCUCCCCCGGCUGGGUCUAUUCCAACACAUAUGCCCAUGUCGCUUCAGUCACAGUCGUCUAGCCUUUCAGACCCAUCCAAUGACCUUCCACAACCCCACCGGGUGUUGGGUUCAUCAAUGCCAACGGCAGUGCCCCUAGACUCUCAGAUUGGGUCGUCUCUGUUCCUGGCAGCGAACACCCAGGCGGCAUUUAUGGACCAGCAGUAUGUGCAACAACCGUACGCAACCGCAGCCGCACCGUCUAACCCGGUGUUCCAUGCGGUGCCGCCGAUGUCGUCGGCUAUUGCGGUGUUCCUAAGGCUGCACCCAUCGUCGACAUUUGUGACAAACCUAGGGCUGUGGAUCGCGACGUUGACAUCGCAAUCAUUGCAGGAGCUACGGCACACAGCGGUAGAAAAGUUCCCUGGGGCGCUCUGCGUACGGAUUGAGGGAAUUGUCAAGGAUGGCAAGGGCGCGGAACUACCGCUGCAGAUAGAGGAUGAUCAGGAGCUGGGAGCAUACCUAGCGCAUCUCCAAGGCGGGACCCCGACAUUUGCAGUUCAGCUGGUCUGGAAGACUUGA